UCUCGGCGCGUCCAAAUAAUGCAGAAGCGCGCGGACGGACGGUUCCCGGGGGGUAACCCCCUCUACCCUGCAGAAGGUAUAAAACUGAAGCACGGCCCCGAAACGCCUUUAGUUUGCACAAGUGUCUCUCCCUCUGUGACUCGUACAGGACUUGGACUCAAGAUGUUUCGAGGCCUCCUCGUGCUCGUCAUUGUGGCGGGCGCUCUCGCAGAUGUUUCCAACAACAAGGGCAAUGGACAACGCAACAACGGCCCCAACAACAACAAGCCAGGCAGAUUCCUUUCCCUGCCCAACGCAGAGAAAUGCGUCCAGCGUCCGAAGCAAUGGAGACUUGGCAACCACCACUACUUCUACUCUGGCAACAUUUCGAGGUUCGCAGGCAAGAAGUUCGACUGGCUGGACGCCAGGAAUGAGUGCCGCGAAUUCUGCAUGGACCUGGUCUCCAUCGAGAACGAGCAGGAGAACAACAUGGUGCUGCAGUUCAUCCAGAGAUACGACGUGCCGUACAUCUGGACGUCUGGCCGUCUGUGCGACUUCAAGGGCUGCGAGGACCGCAAGGACCUGCUUCCCCUGAACGUCUUCGGUUGGUUCUGGUCGGGUACCCGCGCAAAGAUCCAGCCCACGAACCGCGUGCCGCAGGGCUUCAGCUACAACCCGUGGUCUCAGACCGGACACAAGAAGACGCCGCAGCCGGACAACGCCGAGUACGACAUCAACCAGACGACCGAGUCUUGCCUGUCCGUUCUCAACAACGUCUACAACGACGGUAUCAACUGGCACGACGUCGCUUGCUACCACGAGAAGCCGUUCAUCUGCGAGGACUCAGAUGAGCUCCUCAACUACAUCGCUUCGACAAACCGAGGCAUCCGCCUCUAGUCCGUUUCUCACAAUAUUUAUAUGUGUAAUUUUACCAAUGGCAAAAUGCUCUGUUCAAUUGUGUACAUUGAAAUAAAAUUAUUGACUUAAUUUAUAAUUAAAUUCAAA